AUAUUACUCAAUGACAAAAUUUAUUUUAUUUAAAAAGCUCAAAUAAUUACAACAUUCUUUUCACUGGGCCUGAGUAGUUUCCAGACAUCAUCACCAGCAAUACCAGGCCUUGGCAUUUAUCUUAAAAACUGACUGUGGGGUUAAUACAUAAGAUGGUUUUACAAUUAGUCGGAGAUGUCUCAGAAGAGUCAACCAUUGAAAGCUCGUUUCAAUCAGAUGUUAUAUUUAAAGAAAUUGAAAAAAGAUUCACUGGUGAAGGAGAGUCGAUGAAAAAAGAAUUUAAUGCUGUGUAUUGCUUUGAACUUCGAAAAGGUGAUGAAGUUGGUAUUUGGACAAUAGACGUUAAAACAGCAGCUGUUAUCUAUAGAGGAAAAGAUUGUGAACUAAAAGCUGAUUGUACGAUCAAAAUGACAGAUGAAGACUGUUUUAAAAUGAUGGUUGGACAACUUAAUCCUCAAACUGCUUUUCUCCAAGGAAAACUAAAGAUUUCAGGUAACAUGGGAAUCGCGAUGAAACUUCAAAAACUUCAAGUUAAAAAUUUGAAAUCAAAUUUAUAAUUGAUUUCGUUUAUUUAGAAAAACUGUCAAAUUUUUUUUAAAGUUA